AGUACAAAGACACCAGAUCCUGCCUUCAUGGUCAGGUUCGAAGAGGGUGACCCCGAGGAUCCGCGAAAUUUCAGCAGUGGGCGCAAGGCAUUUAUCACACUUCAAAUGAGCAUGCUUGCCCUUGUGGGUGCACUCGGGUCGUCUAUCCUGUCCCCAGGACAGUCAGAUAUUGCAAGGUAUACGCAUAUAAGCGAAGAGGUUGCAGUCCUGGCGACUUCGUUAUAUGUCCUUGGCUGGGCAGUAGGUCCAGCACUCUGGGGUCCAAUAAGCGAGGUUUACGGCCGAAGAUGUGGAAUGCUUCCUGCAGUAUUCUGCCUAGGCCUGUUCAGUAUCGGAACUGCGACAAGCAAGAACGCUGCCAGCAUUUUCAUAACCAGGUUCAUUGGAGGUAUCUUCGGGUCAGCCCCAGUCAGCAAUGUUGGUGCCGCUCUGAGCGAUCUAUAUACUCCGAAGGAUAGAGGGACGGCGGUGACAUUCUUGGCAGUGUGCAUCUCUGGAGGCCCAACGCUUGGUCCCAUUAUUGGCUCUGCGUUGGUGACGAAUUUCAAGCUUGGCUGGCGCUGGACUAUGUACAUCGAAGCCAUUUGCGCGUUCGCAUUCUUCGCUUUUUCUACUCUAAUGCUUCGGGAGACCUAUCCGCCGGUCCUGUUGAAAAACAAGGCACAAAAGAUGCGUCGGACAACGGGCGAUGAGAGAUACUGGCAUCCACAUGAGAAAGAGAGCAUCAGGCUGGGUAAUGCCGUUACCAAACACUUUGCUCGUCCGCUACGCAUGCUGAUCACCGAGAGCAUUAUGGCCUCGGUUGCUCUUUACGCAUCCUUUACGUACAGUUUAAUCUAUCUCUGUUUGCAAGUAUACCCCAUUGUAUUUGAGGAGGGACGUGGUUAUAACCCCGUGAUCUCCUGCUUGCCAUUCCUCGGGAUCCUAGUCGGGAUUAUGUCCUCCUUGGCGAUCAAUAUUGCGAACCAAGCAUGGUAUGCAAAAGCCAUGAGGGCGAAUGGUGGAAAGAUAGUCCCCGAGGCACGGCUCCCUCCGAUGUUGAUUGGUGGUAUCCUACUCCCCACGGGACUCUUUUGGCUUGGUUGGACAGCGGCACCGAAAUACUCAUGGGCACUGCCCACAGUUGCGGGGGGCUUCGUCGGCGCUGGAUUUAACAUUAUCUUCCAGCAAUGCUUCAACUACCUCAUCGAUACAUACGGUCCGUAUGCAGCGAGUGCGAUUGCGGCCAACACAAUUCUGAGAUCGUUGCUGGCGGCUUGUCUUCCUUUAGCUGCAAAGCCGAUGUUCCAUAACCUGGGCGUGGGACCUGCCGCUAGUUUGUUGGGCGGAAUUGCUUGUCUGGCACUGCCGAUACCCCUCAUUUUCAUGAAGUACGGGCCUGCGCUUCGGAGAAAAUCAACACUGGCAGCAACAAGUUUGGAAUAAUUUUCACAGUGG